UUCUUAUUCUAUCUUUAACGGAAAGAGAUAUCAGAUAUAACUCAUCCUCACCUUCCUCUCGCAUUCAUUCUCUCCACAUCAUAACCCUCAUUGAACAAACUGCCGAUCAAUGGAGAGACCCAUCCUCGCUACAUCCUUUCUUGCUUUUCUUUUUCUUCUUCUGGGAUCCUCCAUCGCUCUCAAGGAGGGACAAUUAUGCUUUACAAACACCAACUGCGAUUCCGGUUUGCACUGCGAGACGUGCAUGGCAAAUGGGAAUGUCCGUCCCAGAUGUACUCGCAUCCAACCCUUCAGUCCCACUUCAAAGGCAAAAGGUUUGCCCUUUAAUCGGUACUCGUGGCUGACGACGCACAAUGCAUUUGCCAUGUUGGGCCAGAAAUCGCAGACGGGCUCUCUGAUUCUUGCUCCGAUGAACCAGCAGGAUUCAAUCACUUCUCAGCUUAACAAUGGAGUAAGAGGUUUAAUGCUUGACAUGUAUGACUUCCAAAAUGAUAUUUGGCUAUGUCACUCAUUUGGUGGUCAGUGCUAUAACUACACAGCUUUUCAACCCGCCGUUAAUGUUCUAAAAGAGAUUGGAGCAUUCUUGGAAGCUAACCCUUCAGAGAUUGUGACAAUUAUGAUUGAAGAUUAUGUAACGUCGCCAAAAGGCCUAACAAAGGUGUUUGACGCUGCUGGACUGAGAAAAUACUGGUUUCCAGUAUCCAGAAUGCCCAAAAAUGGAGGAGAUUGGCCAACAGUGGAUGAUAUGAUUAAAAAGAACCAACGUUUAGUGGUCUUCACUUCUAAAGCAUCCAAGGAAGCUUCUGAAGGGAUUGCCUAUGAGUGGCGCUACCUUGUAGAAAACCAGUAUGGGAAUGGAGGCAUGAAGGCUGGUUCGUGUCCUAAUCGAGGAGAAUCACAACCAAUGAACACAAAAUCAAGAUCACUAGUGCUAGUGAACUUCUUUCGAGAUCUCCCAGAUGUAACUCGAUCAUGCAAGGACAAUUCUUCUCCUUUGCUUAGCAUGAUCAACACCUGCUAUGAAGCCUCAGGCAAUCGGUGGCCUAAUUUCAUCGCUGUUGACUUCUACAAGAGAAGUGAUGGAGGUGGAGCUCCAGAAGCAGUCGAUGUAGCUAACGGUCAUCUAGUAUGUGGAUGUGGAAACAUCUCCUCCUGCAAGGAAAACACAACAUUCGGAGCAUGUGAUUCACCUAAGGUUGAUGUGUCCCCUGUUGCAGCAGUAAAUCUUUCGAGCUUUGGGCAUCCAGGUAUGAGACCAGUUCAAUUGUGGUGUGUUUUCGCCAUUCUUUUUGUGGCCUUGCUUCUGUCGUUGUGAGCAGAAACAAACACUAGAGCAGAAAAGACGUGAGAAGUGAGUGAUAGUGAAGACCAAUGCUCAAAAGGGGCUGUGAAUAUGAUGUGAAUUCUUCAUUCACAGUUUAGCUUAGGAUAGGGAAGGUUUUAGAUUGUUCAGCAUGUGAUUAUUUUGUGGGCUUGCUCACCCUUAACAGUUUAAAAUUAUAGGACUCGCAUCAACAAUAGAAAAAUUACAGAUUCAGGAGACUAAUUAUUUGAAUGUGUCAUAUACGCUUGCAAGCUGCAAAUGCGAGUGCUGGAUUUUAGUCGAAUGAAGUUACUCAGAUAUUUUCUUA